AUGAGCAGGGCAACAAAGCGUAAAGCUGUCAACCCUAUUAAAGAGCAAAAUCCAAGUACAGUCUUUCAAGAACAUGUUGUCAAAAAUCUUGGCGCACACAAUGCCUUGGUUUCGGAAUAUGAUUAUGAACAGAAGGAAAGGCCGACUCCUUGUUGGAAGAAAGAUAUGAAUAUUCCUCAAUGGCUUUUAAUAACUUUAGUUUCAUUGAGUGUUGUAGUUUUUACAGCAUUUGCUUUAUUUGCUGCAGUUGUGACACUGCAAAAGCAAACCAAUGGAGGUCCAUGCCAGUCGAAUUCUGAUUGUCGCCAAGAUUUAGGUUUGAUAUGUAAUAAUUAUCGUUGUGGAUGUGCUUAUUCACAUUUUUGGAGUGACACAUAUCAAGUUUGUGAGCGAAGACGAAUGAUUAAUCGGACGUGUGUGAACGAUUCUAUGUGCGAUGCAUUGGGGAGUUUGCAAUGUUCAAAUGUUACACUGAGUAGUGGAGUUGUUCAACUUCAAUGUCAAUGUGAAGCUGCAAUGAGUUGGAAUGGAUAUGCAUGUGCAUAUCAAGGUUUAUACAACGCUUCGUGUACUCAAGAUUCGAAUUGUGAUACAACACGCUUUUUAUAUUGCAAUUUUGUGGUCGGAGGCUAUUGUCGUUGCAAUACAUCGAUGUUUUGGAACGGAAAUAUGAAUUCCGGUACAUGUGAAUAUAAACGUACUGUAAAUCAAUACUGUUAUCCAUACGACAAUAAUUGGUGUGAUGAUACAGGUCCGGUUGGUCAAGGUCUCACUUGUGCUAGUUAUACAAAUCCUUAUGGUAGUGAAUAUGGUGUUUGUCAAUGUUCAGCAAACCAAUACUAUAACGGUAGUGCCUCAUUAGCGAAUGGCUUUUGCGUUGCACAACAUGUAUACAAUCAAUCCUGUACAUCAACAUCGCAAUGUGAUUAUCGAAUUAAUUUAACAUGUUCGAAUAAUCUUUGUACAUGUUCAUCGGGUUAUAAUUAUAAUCCGUCGAUAAAUAGCAGCGGUGUUAUGGGCUUUUGUCAGCCAGCUUCAGGUUACUUGCAAAAUUGUACUGCUAUUCUGACGUGUAGUACAUCGCAAAAUCUUUACUGUGACUUCUCCUAUUAUAAUGGAUCAAAUACAACUGGCGUAUGUGAAUGUAAUUCGUCGUGGUCCUAUUGGGAUGGUACUACAUGCGCAAGUAAACUAUCCAUUGGCGGUUUAUGUACAAGCAAUACCAAUUGUAUAUCAUCAGAUGGUCUAUUUUGUAGUAAUUAUACGCAAUCGCUAGGUACGUGCGAUUGUGAUAGCAGUCAUUAUUGGAAUGGUACAUGUUCACUUAAACUAUGGUAUAAUGUAUCGUGUACAUCGUCAUAUGUUUGUGAUGAUAAUCGCGGCUUACAAUGUCAAGGUCUUGGUGGUAUUAUGUUUCAAAGUUGCGAUUGUUAUAAUACAAGUUAUAUUUGGGAUUCAUUGUACAUUACUCGACAGGAUAAAUGCAUGCUUAAACUAGGAUAUAAUCAGUCGACAUGUUAUGGUAAUCUUGAAUGCCAAGAUUAUAAUUAUUUAGUAUGUAAUGGUACUAAAUGUGACUGUCUUUAUACGGCUUAUUGGGAUGGUACUGUAUGUCAACCGAAACGAAAUUAUACAGAUCCAUGUUCGUUUACUUAUCAAUGCCGAGAUUUUGGCCCGGUGAAUCUAAUCUGUAUAAUGGGCACAACAGUACCGCCAGUUUUGCAAUGUCUUUGUAAUGCGACUUCAUUUUGGGAUGAUUGCCAACAAGCAUGCGUUGUUUCUAAAAAGAUUUAUCAAUCUUGCACACUUACUACGAACUGUUCAAGUGAUGAAUGUGAUAAAACAGCAAAUUUACAAUGUCUUAAUACUAGUAUUUCAUCUAACGCAGGAUGGUGCAAUUGUACUAGUUUACAAUGGUGGAAUGGCUCUUAUUGUCGUGACAAAGGCAUACCAGCUUGGGGAUCGAAUUCGAGUGCCGUAUGCAAUGCAUCAUAUCAAUGUGCUGAUUACAAUUUAGUUUCCUGUCCUCUCGGGGCCAAUUGGCCAAGUAGAAAUUCAACUUGUGAAUGUGCUACAACUAAGUGUUGGAAUGGUGCGACGUGCCGAGAUCGAGUAGUAUAUGGGCAGUCUUGUACGCUGUGGAAUACAUCUCCGGUGAACACAAGUACCUGUUUAAGUGCCGCUGGUGCAGGACUGAUUUGUAGUAGUAGCAUCUGUGUUGCGGGAACUUGUACAGGUGGGACUUGCUAUUGUCCUUUGCUUACUUCGUGGAACGCGGCGUUCCGUAUAUGUGCCGCGUAA